AUGUCCAAAACACAGAAGUUUUCCAUCGAGUCGUCGAGAGAAAAGGAGUUUCCAAAAUGGUUCAAAGAAAUAAUAACGAAAAGCGAGAUACUGGACUACCACGACAUCAACGGGUGCUAUGUUCUCAGGCCCAACGGGUUCUUCAUCUGGAACACCAUAAAAACCCACUUUACGCAGGAGAUAGAGAAGCUGGGCGUGAAAGAGGCAUAUUUCCCCAUGCUGGUGUCCAAGGCGUCGCUCGAGAAAGAAAAAGACCACCUGGAAAACUUUGCGCCAGAAGUGGCGUGGAUCACAGAGUGCGGCGGAAAGCCGCUGGAAAACCCUGUUGCAAUCCGGCCAACGUCGGAGGCUAUUAUGUACCCGUACUUCUCGAAGUGGAUCCAGAGCUACAGAGACCUGCCCCUGAAGCUGAACCAGUGGUGCAACGUGCUGCGGUGGGAGACCACACAGACCAUGCCCUUUGUGCGCGGGCGAGAGUUUCUGUGGCAGGAGGGGCACACCGCACACCUUAAGCGCGAGGACGCAGACAAGGAGGUGUUCGAGAUUUUGGAGCUGUAUGCGGGUGUGUAUAGGGACCUUCUGGCGGUGCCUGUCAUAAAGGGAACAAAAAGCAAAAAAGAAACGUUUGCCGGGGCCGACUACACCACCACAGUUGAGGUGUUUGUCCCCUCAACAGGAAAGGGCAUACAGGCAGCCACCUCGCACUCGCUUGGCACAAACUUUUCCACCAUGUUCAACAUAACAGUGGAAGACCCGAACGUUCCUGGCAGCUUUAUGCCGGUUUUCCAGAACUCCUGGGGGCUCAGCACGCGGAGCAUAGGGGUUUCCAUACUGGUGCACUCUGACGAGAGAGGGGUUGUCAUUCCCCCGCGGGUUGCGCCGAUACAGGUGGUCAUUGUGCCGUGCGGCCUGGCCAAGAGCGCGCCCGAAGAGGACAAGAAGAAGGUGCUUGAAGAGGCAGAAGGAUUGGAGAAGGCCCUGAAGGCGUGCGGCAUGCGGGUGCACGCAGACCUUGCGCAGAACGUCACUCCGGGGCACAAGUUCAACCACUGGGAGGUCCGCGGCGUUCCCCUGCGGAUUGAAGUAGGGCCAAAGGACAUGAAGAGUGGGCAGGUGUGCUUGGCGUGGCGCAUAGACAAAACAAAAAAAACAGUGCCAAGAGAAGGCAUCGAAGAGGCCGUGAAGAGCGAGCUGGACUCGAUACACGAAACAAUGUACCACACUGCCAAGAUGCUGCAGGACUCCUGCACGCAGAGGGGGGAAACCCUUGAAGACCUUGCCAGCGGGCUGCGCAGCGGAAAGAUGUCAACCAUGGUUUGGUGCGGGGCAGAGGAGUGCGAGAAUAAGAUUAAAAAGGCCACAGAAGAGAGGGACGCACAUGGAGUAGUUACUGCGACAGGCGCCAAGUCUCUGUGCAUUCCGUUUGGCGAGGAAAAGCCGACUGGCCCGUGCAGCAUGUGCUCGAACGAUGCAACAUGCAUAGGCCUGUUUGGGCGCUGCUACUAA